UCUGUCGCUGUCCCUUUGCUUUGCUGGUUUUUCUGCGGCUCGAAUCCCCUGACAUUCUCUCCUUUUUUCAGUCCGGACUUUCCCGCUUUUCGCCGAGGCAGGUUCCGCCCCCGGCGCCGUCCUUCCCUUCCCUGAGACCGUACUUUUCGCGCUUUUCUCGCGCGUUUCGCGCUUCCCUCGCGCCCGCAAAACUCCUCGUCACCAUGGCACCGAAGAAGUCUGCGAAAGCCGCCACUGGCGAGGAAGGCGAAGCUCAGGGUUCCGGUCUGGGUCCGGCGACCCGCGACGGGGAAAUCGUGUUUGGCGUCGCACAUAUUUACGCCUCCUUCAACGACACUUUCAUCCACGUCACUGACUUGAGUGGGAGAGAAACUCUGGUCCGCGUGACUGGCGGCAUGAAAGUCAAGGCCGACCGCGACGAAAGCUCUCCGUAUGCGGCGAUGAUGGCUGCUGCCGACGUUGCUGCGCGAUGCAAGGAACUUGGAAUCUCUGCUGUCCACGUCAAGGUCCGCGCUGCCGGAGGCACACGCAGCAAGACCCCUGGCCCCGGUGCCCAGAGCGCUCUCCGAGCCCUGGCGCGUUCCGGCCUGCGUAUCGGCCGCAUUGAGGACGUGACUCCGAUUCCUACCGAUUCGACGAGAAGAAAGUCUGGUCGUCGGGGUCGCCGCCUUUAGAGGACCGAAGCUCUUUCUCUCUCGAGUUUCUUUCUUCGUGGGGAACACCCUUUCGGCAGGGGCGGGAGAAACUAUCACUUUUUCUUUCUGCGUUUCGCGGGGACGCACAGGAGCGCGAGGACUCGCGCAGUGCGUCUUGUGUCUUCUCUCUGGAGCGAAGGAAAGUUGUGCGGGAGCGGGGCUGGGCCGUGUGAAAGGCUGGCGAGCCGCAGAAAGAUUGCGAAAAGGAUGUCUUGCGGCUUUUUGAGUUUUCUCGAUUGACAGCUCCAGAACGAACUGCUUGGCCCAGACACAGCAGAAAAAGACACCCCAGCGUCGUCUGUGCGACUCUCUCGCUUCCACAAACAACCGGUGAAUUCACUGCACCGAGA